UCCAAGCAGGAAGCAACUACGAAUCCCCAAAUCUCUUGGCCUACAAAGCUCCGCUCCCGCCUGCCGUUCCUCUGCCUUCCCCACUCGCCAGUCCCCGCUCCCUGUUACCCAGGCUGUGACCAGAUCGGGAGAUUCUCAAGCCGCGAAGGCGGCUACAGUUGAAGCAUCAGUGGUGGACGGCAGCACGACGGCCGGGAGGCAGACGGCGGACGGAGAUUAGACCUGCAGAGUGUGUGUCGCGUGGUUUUCAUGUACCAUUCAUGCAAUCUUCGCAUCAUCGUUGUUAGAGGAGGAGGAUCAGGUUUGACGAGAGGCUUCCCGUGCUGGUAUCUGAAGCUGUCCACCUCCAUUAUUUCAAACUCUACAUCAUCGCUCAGAAGCAAAUGGCAGAGGCUAUACUGCUCGCUGUUUCGAAGAUUGGGGCGGUCAUUUUGAAUGAAGCUGUCUUCGCUGUCAUAGACAAGCUAUCGAGGAAGGUUGAUAAUCUAAAGGAAUUGCCGGCAAAGAUCAAAAGAAUCAAUACAGAACUGAAUACGAUGAAUGAUGUGAUUCAACACUUGGGUACAACACAACUCAGCAACAAGGUCAUCAAUGGUUGGAUUGGAAACGUGAGGAAGCUGGCCUACCAUGUUGAGGAUGUUAUUGACAAGUACUCGUAUGAGGCUCUUAAGCUCAAGGAUGAAGGCUUCCUAGAUCGGUACAUCUUCAGAGGUUCACGCCAUAUCAAGGUCUUCAGUAAAAUUGCCGAGGAAGUUGUAGAGCUAGAGGAGGAGAUUAGGCAUGUCAAAGGACUGCGUGAUUAUUGGAGUGAUGCAGUCCAACCUGCUAAAAAUGGGCAUGCAGAGAUUGAUAGGCAGCGAUCUGGAGGCUGCUUCCCGGAACAUGUUAGUGACAAGGAUCUUGUGGGAAUUGAUGAAAACAGAAGCAAAUUGACCGAAUGGCUGACCACCAAUGAGAACGAAAGCACAGUGAUUACAGUUUCUGGUAUGGGAGGCUUGGGUAAAACAACCCUUGUGAAAAAUGUGUAUGAUCGGGAGAAAACCAACUUCCCUGAUGCGCAUGCUUGGAUUGUGGUGUCACAGGCAUAUGAUGUAGUGGAUUUACUGAAGACAUUGCUCACUAAGAUACACGACACACAAGAGUCACCUCCGCCGUCACCUCUCAGGGCGGGCGCCAAACCUCAUGUUUAUGAGUUAACAGGGGCGAUAAAGAAGAUAUUGCAAGAUAGGAAGUGCUUGAUCGUGCUUGAUGAUGUGUGGGAUAAAGAAGCAUAUUCUCAGAUGUUCACUGCAUUUCGGGAUCUCCAAGGAUGCCGUGUUAUGAUCACAACACGGAAGGAAGAUGUUGCAGCUCUUGCCCCACCGAGGCGUCGUCUAGUACUGCAACCACUGGGAAGCGUCGAGUCAUUCAAGUUAUUCUGCUCCAGGGCUUUCCACAACAGCCUGGACCACAAUUGCCCUCCAGAGCUUCAUGCGGUAGCUACUGCUAUAGUUGAGCGGUGUCGUGGCCUACCAUUGGCCAUUGUGUCGUCUGGCAGCCUAUUAUCGAGGAAGCAACCGGCAGAGCAUGCCUGGAAUGAUGUGUACAACCAUCUCCGAAGCGAGCUGCGGGGGGAUAACCAUGUCCAAGCUAUACUUAAUCUGAGCUACCAUGACUUGCCUGGUGAUCUCAGGAACUGCUUCCUAUACUGUAGCUUGUUCCGUGAAGACUAUGCAAUGUCACGGGAGAACCUUGUGCGGUUGUGGGUUGCAGAAGGGUUUGCGAUGAAGAAAGAUGACAGCACGCCGGAGGAAGUGGCUGAGGGGUAUCUCAUGGAACUCAUCGGUCGGAAUAUGUUGGAAGUUGUGGAGAGGGAUGAGCUCUUCGGGGUUAGUACAUGUAAGAUGCAUGACCUUGUUCGUGACCUGGCUCUUGCUGUUGCUAAAGAGGAGAGGUUUGGCUCCGCGAGUGAUCAGAGCGAAGUGAAGGACAUGGAUAAAGAAGUUCGCCGAUUCUCAACAUGUGGUUGGAGAGAUAAUAUGGCAGCUGCUCCAGAAGUGGAAUUUCCACGACUCAGGACCGUGAUAUCACUCUCACCGGCUUUGUCCUCUACCAACAUGAUUUCCUCAGUUUUGUCUGGAUCCAACUACCUUACAGUUCUCGAGCUUCAAGACUCUGCAAUAGUCCAAGUGCCAGAAUCCAUCGGGAAUCUGUUCAAUCUUCGCUACAUUGGCUUAAGGCGCACCAAAGUUCAGUCACUGCCAGAUACUAUUGAAAAACUCUCAAACCUUGAGACGUUGGAUGUCAAGCAAACAAGAAUAGAAAAGCUACCACCAGGUAUUGUAAAGGUUGAGAGGCUACGACACCUUUUAGCUGACAAGUUUGCUGACGAGAAGCAGGUGGAGUUCCGGUACUUUGUCGGAGUGGAAGCGCUGAAAAAGCUUUCCAACUUUAAAGAAUUGCAAACUCUUGAGACCGUCCAUGCCAGCAAGGACUUGCCACUACAACUGAAAGAAAUGAAAGAGCUGCGGACUGUUUGGAUUGAUAACAUCAAUGGAUCUAAUUGUGAUGACCUUUUCAAGACCCUCUCAGAUAGGCCCCAACUUUCCAGCUUACUUCUCUCUGCAUGUGAUGUCAAGGAGACAAUUUCUUUCCAAGCACUCAAGCCAGUGUCCAAAAAUUUCCACAGACUAAUCAUUAGAGGUGGCUGGGCCGAUGGGACACUCAAUUGUCCAAUAUUUCAGGGUCAUGGGAAGAAUCUCAAGUAUCUCGCGCUAAGUUGGUGCGAUCUUGGGAGUGAAGACCCCCUGGAGUUACUUGCAACUCAUCUGCCAGCUCUCACUUACCUCACUCUAAACAAGGUGAGAUGUGCAGGUGCGUUGGUUCUUUCUGCAGGGUGCUUCCCUCAGCUUAAGACACUCGUCUUGAAGAACAUGCUUGAUGUCAAGAAACUGGACAUUUUAGAGGGCGCCAUUCCAUACAUUGAUGGGAUCUACAUCAUGUCACUCUCGGAGCUGAGUACGGUCCCUUGUGGCAUCGAAGCCCUUGGAUCUCUCAAGAAGCUCUGGAUGCUGUACCUGCACAAGGGCUUCAAGGAUGACUGGGAUCAGAAGGAGAUGCACAACAGGAUGAAGCAUGUUCUAGAGCUCCGUGCCUAGUUAUGCUCUUUUCGUGUCCCCCCGUUGUCUUCUGCUGCUGGAGGUCUGUACUUUGUUGUAAUCCUUAAUUUUUCUUUCAUGCUGCUCUAGACUCUUUUGGGUAGUGCUAAUAGGUUUUUGCCCCGUAGUGGGUGCUCGAGAGCAGCGCUCAGCAGCGGGUUUCCUAUUGGUGCCCAAACUUGCUAUCUUCAUUUCCAUUCCCUCUAUUGUUGUAUUGUAAAUUUGUAAUGAACUGGUUAUUUUGAUCAA